GAUAACGAUAAUAUUCAUCACAAUUGCGCUGCAAAAGUAUUAUUGAUUGAAAAUAAGAAGAAGAAGAAGCAUCAGCAAAAGAAAGGCGCAGCAAGCAAAAAAAAUUCGCCGAACAUCAGAGAAAAAAAAAUAAAAUCAACAAAACAAACAGCUAAGCAAUAGUGGAACCAUGACAAAUUUGGAAAAGCAACACGAGAUGGUUAAGAGGAGUCUUGUCCAGUUUGUCAGUGCGCAUAUACCAGGUGCCGACUUUAGCGUUGUGGAUGAGAUUGUACUCUCCUAUAUCAUAUCUAUACUGGAGGAGGCUUCGCAGGAUCCUUGCUUUGAUGUGGAGGGCUUUGUUGAGAUGAUGGGCGCCUACUUUGAAGAGUUCCCCACCAUUGAUCAGGGUGUCAUAUGCGAAUGGAUAUACAAGCUGGCCAACGAGCUAACCGAUAUGGAAAAGAUUCAAGGCAACCACAACACGGUCAAUUUAUCGCUCCACGCCCUAAGCUUGUCCAGCAUUAUACCAGAGUCCAAACUGCGUGCACGCAACUCUUCCAUCUCCGAAAAGGACGAGUUAUCUUCGAACAAUAGCAGCAGCAGCGGCGGCAAUGGUGGCGGCAGCAGCAAGCGUUCUCAGCACUUGUCUGAGACUAGUGAUGGAGGCUCCACUGACAGCUCUAGCUCCAAUUGCGAUUACUUUUUAGAUGAGGCUGAGGUGCUGCAGGAGAUGUUUCCCGACACCGCUUACGUGGAGAUAAAGCAUUGCAUUGCAAUAUCCAAGGGCGACAUCGAUAGCGCUACUCAAAUACUAUUGCAUCGCCAGGAGACCAAUCAGAGCCUGACCGACAAAACUUAUACUGUGGGCAUGAAGAAGAAUAUCGUGGUUGAUGACAAUGAGCUGAAGAAUCGCAUAAUAGCAAGAUACUCCUAUGUGGACAAGAAUGCCACUCAGCGCGAAUAUAAGCCGGUGGUUCCCAAAAUGGAGCCGCGCAAGCUUGUGCGUUAUCGUGAUAAUAAGAUUGUAUCUCUUAAGGGCGAGCGUUACACUGAAGUUAAGCGUGACGAAGAUGCUGAGUUAAAAAAACCCAAGAAGCAGAUUCAACCGUAACUAAAGAUGAACAAAACCCACAAGUAUUUUAUCAAGAAGCAACUUAACCCACAACCACCUAAUAAUACCGCACCAACGACACCUAGAAUUGAACGAUGCAGCCGCAGCCAAUGCGAUCAGAAUGUUUUCGGGCACAAUUUAUGCAGAGAGCUGCAUAUUCGUGUGACUCGAAUCCAAGCCAACAUCGCUCCCAGCCCCAAUCACAAUCCCCGUCUGGCCUUAGCGCCAGUUGUAGCCAUGCUUAGCCAACGUUUAGAUGCUUCCUUGCCAAUACCCACACAACAGAACGUAACAGACGAUACAAUAGGACAACAACAAGAGCCGAGCAAUAUAGCAGCCGCGAAGUGUGACCCGUUAAUAAUAAUCAAGGAAUCCCCAUGUGAGUUAACUGGUAGUUAUUUGUUGUUGCUGUUGUUAGUUUGCCUAGCCGGUUACUGUACGCCAUGGAAUUUUCAUCAUAAUCAAAUUGUGGCUAAAGACACAAAGACUUUACAUACCAAAUUAGUUAAUAGUUAUGUUUUAGGUAAAGCUCUUGCAUUUCUUUAUGUUCGCCCCGAAAAGGGCAUUAUAAUCGACAACUACUUAUGAGUUUCGUUGCGGUGACAAGGAGGCGGCUCUACUUUAUUUGGGGCUGU